CCGUCUCUCGCUUCCGGGUGGCUUCAGUGUCGAAAUCCCUUUAACGUUUGACAAUAUUCUGUGUUUUUUAUCAAUCAAAACUAACACUUUGUGUGACAAAAAGUCGCUGCAGACAUGAACAGAAUAUUCGGGCGGAGUAAACCAACAGCACCGCAGCCCAAUUUGUCGGACUGUAUCGGCAAUGUGGAUGCUAGGGCAGAGUCCAUUGAGAAGAAGAUUGGCAGACUAGACGCUGAACUCAUGAAGUACAAGGACCAGAUGAAGAAGAUGAGAGAUGGACCUUCCAAGAACAUUGUGAAACAGAAGGCGAUGAGAGUCCUGAAGCAGAAGAGGAUGUAUGAAGGUCAACGAGAACAGCUGGCUCAGCAGUCUUUCAACAUGGAGCAGGCCAACUACACCAUCCAGACACUGAAAGACACCAAAACUACUGUGGAUGCCAUGAAGAUGGGCGCCAAGGAGAUGAAAAGAGCCUACAAGGACGUCAAACUGGACCAGAUUGAUGACCUGCAGGACCAGUUGGAGGACAUGAUGGAAGAAGCCAGCGAGGUGCAAGAGGCUCUGAGUCGCAGCUAUGGCACUCCAGACAUUGACGAGGAUGAUCUAGAAGCAGAGCUGGACGCUCUAGGUGACGAGCUUUUGCUGGAUGAAGACAGCUCUUACCUGGACGACGCCUCGGCUGCUCCCUCCAUCCCAGAGGGCAUACCUGGAGAGAGCAAGGCAAACAAAGAUGGCGUCCUGGUGGAUGAGUUUGGCCUACCGCAGAUUCCCGCCACAUAAAAGCAUGCUACACUUUGACAACACUUUUUAAAUAUUGAAAUAAUGUAGAUUAAUAUUACAUGCAGAAAUUAUUUAAGCACUAGAGUGAAAGUGGGCUAGCAUGUAGCCAUGUAACAUACUCAACAUUUUAUUGUUUGCACUAGUCGGUAUUUAUGAAUAGAGUUUACUUUCACUUACUUGAUUUGGUCAGUAUUUUGAUGAUUGGUUUAUGAUUAGUUGUAUGUGAGACUACCUUUGUUUGUCUAAAUUGAGCGUGUCUGCAGAUGAUUUGAACCAUGCACGUUUGAAUUAAAUCUGGAUUUAUUGAU